AUGAAUGCCUGUAUUGACACUUACUUUAUAAAGGUAGACAGAAAAUACACAGUUAUACAUGAUAAAAUGUUUGACUUUCUGUGCUCCUACUUUGGUAAAACACUUCUCACUCCUAUUCUUAAAUAUGCAGAUGAUAAGGUCAUAUGCGAGCGUGUACAACUGGAGUCAUUACAGAAAGCACAUGGAUAUUUUACAAUUAUGGUGUCGGCGAAAGAUGAACACGAAUACAAUGACAGGAUAAAAACGGACCUUGAAAAUGGAAAGAUACAUUGUUGCUUGAACAAUAUGCAAAUGAAAUAUAAGGAAUACAGGAUUAAGUUUCGAGAUAUCAUUAAGGAUUUAGAAUAUGGCUUGGUAAGAAAUUUGAUCAAAAUGAAGGACGAAAAUGGGAUUAAUUCCUUUAUUAUUUCAUGCUUACGUGGUUAUGAUGAGCUUGUUGAUUUGUUUAUAUCUGUUGGAGCUGAUGUUGACAGUCAGAUAGGAUUUUUCACACCGUUAACAGCUGCGUGUCAUGAUGGACACUUACAGACGGUUGAAAUUCUACUAAAAAAAGGAUCAGACAUAAACAAUACUUAUACUCAAGGAGAAACACCACUGUAUACUGCUUGUUUUGAAGGCCAUUACAACUUAGUAAACCGUCACAUAGACAAAGAAGCUGAUAUUAACAAACAAAAUAGAUUUAGUAGCACACCCUUGCAUGCUUCGUGUAUGAUGGGUCAUGCAUCCAUAGUUAGACUUUUAAUUGAUAAAGGAGCGAAUGUUUUCCAAUAUAAAGAUUUACUGAUAACUGCCACUUUAGGAGGCAACGACAAAAUAGUCGAACUAAUUCUUUCAAAAGGUUGUUGUUUAAAUAGUGUCGACAUUGCAGGGAAAACCGCUUUAUUCAUUGCAUGCGAAGAAGGCAAUACUAAUAUAGAAAAGCUGCUUAUUGAUAACAAUGCUGACAUUUAUAUAGUCGAUAGUGAUGGUAGGACGCCAUUACAUGCCGCCUGUUGCGUUGGUAACAAUGAUAUAGUCAGAAUGUUGGUUAACAAAAAUGCAGAUGUAAACAUGCUUGAUGUAGAUUUAGAAACACCGUUGCACAAAUCAUGUAGAAAAGGUUCGGUAGACGUUAUACUAACUCUAUUGGAUAAUGGAGCAGAUACAAACCAGGAAAAUAAAGACGGACACACACCUGUUCAUUUGGCGAAAACAGAGGGUAAAAUUGUAAAUGAAAGCAUUUUGAAGGCUUUAGGGGAAGAAGAAGUAGGACCAUAUCGAGGUGCGAGUAUGGCAGUAAGCAAAAACGAUAAAUGUCAGAUACAAAUCACGGCAUGUACAAGCAAUUCUGUAGGGGAUGACUGGACUCCUUUAUAUCAGGCAUGUGUACUUGGAGACAUAGAAACUGUCCAAUCGCUUAUUAGAUAUGGGGCAAGUGUAAACAUGCAAACGAUCUCUGGUGAAAUCCCUUUGAUUGCCGCUUGUCAACAUGGUUAUGGUUUCUUAAUGCAAACGUUACUAGACGAGAGAGCAGAUAUUAAUCAAGCGCUAGUUUGUGCUGUUCAAAAAGAUUAUGAUAGAGCGGUUAAAUUUCUUUUAUAUAAAGGGGGAGAUUUGGGCUAUAAAGGAGUUGAUGGGAAAUCGCUUAUAAAAUUGGCAUGUGAACAUAGUUCAAUCAAAGCAAUCAAAAUUCUGUCAGAAAAAGAUGCAGAUUUUACAGAAAUAGAUGUAAAUGGGAGAACACUGAUACACGUUGCAUGCAAUACAAAUAGCGUUGAAUUAAUCCAGUUUCUUAUAGACAAGGGUUUAGAUCUCGGCAUACCUGAUAAAUAUGGAAGAUUUGCACUUUUUGUGUCAAUAGAUAAGGGCUUUUAUGAUUUAUCGAUAUAUUUAGUACAAAAAAAUGUCCUAUAG